UUUUGAAUUUACAUCGUCUUUCAAGUUUGAAUACCGAUCACAGGUUAAAUAUAUUCAUAAAAUACUUUUGUAUAUAAAAAUCUGUUAACUGACUAUAAUUUAAAUAAUUAUGUCUAAAGUUUCAUUAAAUAUUAUUGCCGCGACGUGUCAAAACAUGGGUAUCGGUGCUAAUGGAACACUGCCUUGGAGAUUAAAAAAAGAAAUGGUUCAUUUCUAUUCCAUGACUACCAAAGUGAAGGAUUCAACAAAGAUUAACGCAGUUAUAAUGGGACGAAAGACUUGGGACUCUAUACCGGGAAAGUAUCGUCCGUUGAACAAUAGAGUCAAUAUUGUUUUAACUCGACAAGUGGAUACUGUGAAGAAAGAAGCACCAAAUGAUGUAGUAGUUCUGCCGGGGCUGGAUGAAGCUAUCAGCUAUAUAAACGGUCAGGAAGAUAUUGAAUCGACAUGGGUUAUAGGAGGAUCGUUUGUAUAUAAAGCGGCCAUGGAACAUCCAAACCUUUAUAAAAUAUACUUAACAGAGAUCCAAAAAACUUUCAAAUGUGAUACUUUUUUCCCCAACAUCGAUAAACAGCUGUUCCAGUUGGUUGAUGAAGAGGGGAUACAAAAGGAUAGACAGACAGAGGGGGAUAUUGAUUACUAUUUCAGAGUUUAUAAACGAAAGGUGUCAGAGGAAUUUUGCUAGAGUUGUGUAGCCUGGUUUAUGUAGUCAGAUGCAAGAUAUAAUGAUCGUCGAAUUUCGUAAAACCGAUCACAUCCGAAUUUAUCAAUCUUUAUUUAUUUGUUAUGCGAGAAUGAUCUUUACGCAAACGUAAUAAUUUGUAUUCGGUCCUUACAUAAUUUUAA